AACGAAGAACAUAUACAACUCAACUACAAUCUUUUGUUGUUGAAAGUUGAAACUAUUCACAUUCUUUCCUGAUAAACAUCUAAAGAUAGUUUGCUAACAUUUGCAGUUUGAAGUUAAACCGAAAUCCCAUCCCUCUUUUUUGAAGCAUCUGGAAAGCUAGUGGCCAUUCUUCUUUCUGAAGAUGGACAGUAACACCAUCAAUUUUUGCCUAUACACAGACCACUGUCUGGGAGGUUCGGGUGUUGUGAAUAUAGAAAAGAGGACUGCUAAUGAAGAUGACCGCAACAGUCUCUUUGUCAACUAUGAAUCUAUUUGGGUCUACUCCUGCAGCCGCAAUAGCCUGGAAUGAAAUGAGAAGAGCUUGGAGAGGUGAUCGAUCUAGUGUUUCCCAAAGAAAGCCUAGGGAGCCAACGAUGCACUGCUCGAGCACGUUCAAGGAGGUGCCUAUUGAUGGACCAGUUCCUUUAUCCAAGAUGGUCGAAUUGUUGGUUGAAGCAUGGGAAGAAGACUAAAUCGAGAAAAAUGAAUUGUUGAUGUAGGAGUUUCAAAAUUGGAGGUAUUGCUUGUGUUGUGUUUUCAAGAUUGCGAUUAAAUUUGUGGAAUGCUUCUUUCACUUUACUGGCUUCGUAGAUGCUACUGUAUUACUUGAAUUAUAAAUUUAUAGUACUAGUAAUAUACAAAUAAUGAAAUUUCCAUGUACUAACAAUUUUUGUGUUCUAUUUUUAUAUUUUAAUUAUCAAUUUGAAAUGGUGGUCAAAGACAA